AUGGGUACGGGGAGGACGCUGAAAUUCGCCCUGUGCGAGGUGCUGCAGUUUGCAGGCCUGUGCGUGCCACUCUUCAUCGUCAUGCAGAGGUUUGCCGUCAUCGUAGCAAAGGUCAAAACCUCAGCGCAGCCCUCCGGAGAUGGCAGUACGGCCUACUGGUUAAUUGUGGCCUCCUCCAUUGCCUAUGUCACCUCCACAGCCCUUCUGGUCUGGGUGCCCCUGAAGUACAUGGUCUUCAUGAAGAAGAAGUUUCUCAUUGGGAGGAAGAAGUGGAGGCCUGUAGCCCUCGUAUAUGUGAUCCUGUCCACAUUACCCAGCUUUGCCUUUCUCAUCGCCAGCUCUGAGGUUCAGAUAAAUAACAACAUAAAAAUUGAUACAUUCACGGAGCUACCUGUAUCACUGGUUCUCUUCUCUCUCAUCUGUAUUGACGUUGUGGAGAGGAUACGUCACUGCAGACUGACUGGCCGAGCUAAUGGCAUGGAAAGAGAUGCUGAAAUCCCUUCCACUGUCCUCACCCAUGUGGAGCAGGUAACACCAGUAACACCCAUCACUCCAGUUGUGCCAGGACCAGCUGUGCCCGGGCAAGUUGUGCCAACUCCUAUCCCACCUGCAGCAGGACCACACAACGACAGGAACCAAAACGGAGCAAAUGCACGACCAGAACCCAACGGGGCAGUCCCAGGGAUACCUGCUGAUCCUGGUAGACCGUUUAGUAUUGCUGGGUUGAGCGCACGGUCAGCAAGCACCACUGCAUACCGUUUACCUCCAUACGCCUACACAGGUCCAUUGAGGUUCCUGUGUGCCAGUGAUGCUCGAGCGGAUGUUUUUGUGGACAGCUUCAUGUUCUGGAUGGACACAGUGGAGAUGGUGAGGGUGGCAGGUGAUCCCCUGGUCUACUACUCAGGCUGGGUGUUCCCCAUCUACAUCUUCAGCUACCUGUCCUGCCUGCGUGUGGUGGUCAUGCCUCACAGCCCCCUGCUUUCCUCACUAGGAGUAGCCGUACAGGACUUACCCUUCUUCUUUGUACGCGCUGGCCUCAUUGCCUUCUUUGGCUUUGUCACACCCAUACUCUACAUGAUGAAGAACCUAUUGGUCUUCCUCGCUUUUAUUUAUUUCAACUUCAUGACGAAGCUGAGGGUCUUCAACACAGAGAGGAUGAUCCUCUGA